GUGUACAUAAUUAAAUUGUUUAUACAUGUUAUUUGUAUCUGAUAUCUUAUCAACGUCUGGCUGUCUUUAUAUAACAUAUGAUAACAGAUUGGAAACAGAAUUUGAAGAUAAGUUUGUAAUAAUGGCAACAAGUCAGACCAAAAAAAUUGUCAAUUUGUACAAAACAUUAGUACGAAAUCCUUCUUUAACUGAUGCAAAGAUUUUUGAGCUAAGUGAAAAUGAAAUAUCGAUUUUAAGCACAUGGACCCAAAGAAAUUUAGAGAGAAAGACAAAUCAAAAAUUUUGUCAAACUUACAUUUUAGAUUCAAAGUUACAAGUACAAACUCAAAGCUUCCCCUUUGAUGUUACAACAGAACUUCUAACUGAUUUCACUGAGGAUAAACAAUGUAAAGCAAUAUUAAGACAAGCUACAAUUGAGAAUACUACAAAACAGUUUAUUGAAAUCUGGGAUAAACAGAGGCUUGUGAAAAAUUAUGAUUUAACUGCUUUGGAUGUGCAUGGAGAUGUAUACAUAGAUUCUGAAUUUUCUUCUUUUCAAUGGUCUCCAGACAAAACAAAAGUAUUAUAUAUUGCUGAAAAAAAGCAACCAGAAUCUGAACCAUUUUAUAAGCAGAAACGUAUAAAUAAAGAAGAUAAAAAUAAAAAAGAUGAGAAUGAAGUAACAGUGGGUAAUGAAUAUGUUUACAAGCCUCAUUGGGGAGAACAAUUGGUAGGUAAACACCAUCCAGUUGUUGCUGUCCUUGAUACGACAACAGACACAAUUUCAGCUCUCUCAGGUAUACCAAAUGAUCUCUCACCUGCUCAAGUACUAUGGACUGCAGAUAGUCAAGGUGUUGUUGGUGUAGCAUGGAAACAUGAGCCAAGACAUUUAGGUCUUAUUGCUUGUACUAAUAGACUCUCUUGGAUAUUUUUAUUAAAGGAUGGAGAGUACAAAAAGCUCUCAAGCGAUGGAUGUGCUGUCCAUAGCCCAAGAUUUAGUCCUGAUAAAAAAUAUCUUAUCUGGUUAGAAAGAGAAGCAGGUGGUCCACAUCAUAAUACUCACAGACUUAUGCAUCUUGAAUUUGCUUCUGAAAAUUCAAAGGCUGAUAUACUUGUAGACAUUGUAAAUUCGAGCAUACCUAUUCAAAAUGCUGAAAAGUUUUAUGGCUUGUAUGGUCGUUUACCACGCCAUUGCUGGAGCACUGAUUCACAGUAUAUAUUCUUGAGUACAGCACAACAGAAUAAUACACGUUCUUACAUCAUUAAUAGAAAAACGAAAACUAUAACUGAGAUCCAAAAUGAUAAAAGCAGUCUUGCUAUUUUGGACGUAAAAGAUGAUAUUAUUGCAUUUUCGGAAACAUCUCUUUUAGAGCCAUCUAUGCUUUCAGUAGGAAGAUUUGACUCAGAAACAAUUAGUAAUGGUCAUAUUAAAAGAAAUAAAAUUUCUAUUCCCGAAAAAAUUCCUGGUACUGAAAAUUUAAUGUAUGAGCCUUCUGAAUAUGAUUACGAUAAUGAUGAAGAAAUAAAACACUUCAACUUCAUUUAUUUUGGACCAAAAAGUGGAAAUGACAAAUCUGUACCUUUAAUAAUCGUACCACAUGGUGGACCUCAUUCUAACUAUGCAAAUUCGUUUGUACUUGAUUAUUUCUUGCUUGUUUUAUCAGGUUUCGCUGUAGUACAAGUUAACUAUCGUGGUUCUACCGGAAUGGGAUCAAAGAAUGUUGAAUACCUUCAAGGAAAAGUUGGAGAUGUCGAUGUAAAGGACUGUGUGACUGCUACAGAAGAAGCUUUACGAAAAUACUCAUGGUUAAAUCCAAACAAAGUAGGAAUUAUUGGUGGUUCACAUGGAGGAUUUUUAGUUACUCAUUUAAGUGGUCAAUAUCCAGACUUAUAUAAAGCUGUUGUUGCAAGAAAUCCUGUAAUCGACAUUGCUGCUAUGUUCACUAUAUCAGAUAUUCCAGACUGUCGCAAUGCGCUGAGUAAAGAGGAAAGAAUUAUGUGUGCUGCCGAAAUCAAUUAUACCUUUGAUGAAAGUGCACCAAUGUCGGAAUCGGAUCGAAUUGAGAUGUUUGUGAAGAUGUUUAAGUGUUCCCCGAUUAUUCACGUUAAUAAUGUGAAAGCUCCAACCUUGUUAUGUAUAGGUUCGAGCGAUUUACGAGUACCCCCGUCUCAAGGAAAACUGUGGUUUCAACGUCUUAAAGCGAAUGAUGUUAGAACAAAGAUGCUAGUUUAUAACGAUAAUCAUCCUUUAGCAUCAGGAACUGCUGAAAUUGAUAACGUUAUCAACGCUUGUUUAUGGUUACACGAACAUGUUGGGGUAUAAAUGGAAAUAACAUAAUGAAUAAUUUUAUAACUGAAUACGUGUUAAUUAACCUAUGAACAUUUUAAUAAUAAUUGAAAGACAAUCUUGUAUAAAUAUUAUAUUUAUUAAAUACUGUAUUUUUCCAACAUUAAAAGCAACUUAUAAACUAUGAA